AUGGAAGCGAUACCUCUGGGCCUCAUCCUGGUCUCCUACAGCUACAUUGGUGCUGCAGUACUGAGGAUCCGCUCAGCUGAGGGCAGACGCAAGGCCUUCAACACUUGCACCUCCCACUUAGUUGUAGUGUCAAUCUUCUUUGGCACAGCCAUCUACGUCUACCUGCAGCCCCCCUCUCAGCACCCACAGCACCAGGGCAAGAUAGUUUCCCUCUUCUAUGGCAUCAUCACUCCAAUGAAGCUUUUUUUUGUGGUCUUCCUAAUCUCCUAUGUCCUGACAUUGUUCUGGAACCUGGCCAUCAUUGUGGUCUCGCAGCUGGACCCGUGUCUCCACACACCCAUGUACUUCUUCCUCAGCAACCUCUCUCUCCUCGACCUGUGCUACACCACCGCCACGGUGCCUCAGAUGCUGGUGAAUUUACAAAGUUCCCAUAAGACCAUCUCUUGGGCUGGCUGCAUGGCCCAGCUCUUCAUUUUCCUUGGCCUGGGUUCCACUGAGUGUGUCCUGCUGGCAGCCAUGGCCUAUGACCGCUAUGCUGCCGUCUGCCACCCCUUGCACUACACGGCCAUCAUGAGCCGCAGCCUCUGCUGGCUGAUGGCAAUUGCAUCCUGGUUUAGCGGAAUGACUGCCUCCUUUGUGCAAACAUGCUUGACCCUGCGACUACCCUUGUGUGGGCACAAUCGUAUCAAUGACUUCUUCUGUGAAGUGCCAGCCCUGCUCAGCCUGGCCUGUGCCGAUACCUCCAUUAAUGAGGCUGGGCUCCUUGUUGGCUCUGCGGUCAUCUUGCCAGUACCUCUGGGACUCAUCCUGGUCUCCUAUGGCUACAUUGGUGCUGCAGUACUGAGUAUUCGCUCAGCUGAGGGCAGGCGCAAGGCCUUCAACACCUGCGCCUCCCACUUAAUUGUAGUGUCAAUCUUCUUUGGCACAGCCAUCUACGUCUACCUGCAGCCCCCCUCUCAGCACCCACAGCACCAGGGCAAGAUAGUUUCCCUCUUCUAUGGCAUCAUCACUCCAAUGGUGAACCCCCUGAUCUAUACCCUGAGGAACAAGGAUGUGCACAGGGCCCUUAGGAAAGCCUUAAGAAAGCAGUGCUGGAUGCAGAGGACAUAA